GGGCGGGGCUAUUGGCGCUAGUGGCAAAGUUUGGGAAUGAUAGAAAGGCUGUUGAAGAUAAUCGCUGAGAGGAGCUGGAAUGCUACUGCUCUGCGGAUUACAGUAACAUUUACACGUUGUUUUCUAUAAGCACCCAACUCUAGUGCUUGAAAUCAGCUGGAUCUAAAUAAAGGUACGCAAUCCUGAGACAUGUCGGAGGACCUGAGCUCCCAACCCUGGUCCAUCAACAAGGAUGACUAUGAGCUGCAGGAGGUGAUCGGAAGCGGAGCUACGGCUGUGGUCCAGGCUGCCUACUGUGUGCCCAGGAAGGAGAAGGUCGCCAUCAAACGCAUCAAUCUGGAAAAAUGCCAGACCAGCAUGGAUGAGCUCCUGAAAGAGAUUCAGGCAAUGAGUCAGUGUCACCAUCCCAACAUUGUGUCGUAUUACACCUCGUUCGUGGUGAAGGAUGAGCUGUGGUUGGUCAUGAAGCUGCUCGGUGGUGGCUCUGUGUUGGAUGUUAUAAAGCACAUCAUUUCAAAAGGGGAACACAAGAACGGUGUACUGGAUGAACCCAGCAUAGCUACCGUGCUGAAAGAGGUCCUUCAGGGUCUUGAGUACCUUCACAAAAAUGGACAGAUCCACAGGGAUCUUAAAGCUGGAAACAUCCUGCUGGGGGAGGACGGAUCAGUGCAAAUUGCAGAUUUCGGUGUAAGUGCCUUCUUAGCCACUGGUGGUGACAUGACUCGAAAUAAAGUGCGGAAGACGUUUGUGGGAACGCCAUGUUGGAUGGCUCCAGAAGUAAUGGAGCAGGUGAAAGGUUACGACUUCAAAGCAGACAUCUGGAGUUUUGGGAUCACAGCCAUCGAGCUUGCCACAGGCGCUGCUCCUUACCACAAAUACCCUCCCAUGAAGGUGUUGAUGUUGACCCUGCAGAAUGAUCCACCUUGCCUUGAGACUGGAAUCACAGACAAAGAGAUGCUGAAGAAAUAUGGGAAAUCCUUGAGGAAGAUGAUCUCGUUGUGUUUGCAGAAGGACCCAGAAAAAAGGCCAACAUCAUUAGAACUCUUAAAACAUAAAUUCUUCCAGAAAGCCAAGAAUAAUGAAUUUCUGGAGGAGAAAUUAUUACAGAGAGCACCUACAAUAACAGAGAGAGCGAGAAAGGUUCGGCGAGUUCCUGGCUCCAGUGGGAGACUCCAUAAAACAGAAGAUGGAGAAUGGGAAUGGAGUGAUGAUGAACUGGAUGAGGAGAGCGAGGAGGGCAAAGCUGCUGUUGCUGCCUUACGGGAGCAGCAGUCCAAGUCGACAAGGCGACAAGUCCGUUUCUCUCAUCCUCUUGAGCUGCCCCCACCCAGGUCACCAAGAGUAAAAGAAGGACUCCAGAAUACAGAGAUAUUCCAGUCUUUCAGCAGUCACCUCCAGCCUGAACUACCUCAUGCUGCUGGCCAGGGCCCGGCCAACCCUCAACACACUGCCCCAACUACAACCCCAACCCCGGCUGCGAACCCUGCGCAGGCCCCAGUUCCUGGAGGCGAUGCCUCAACGACCCCCAUCAGUUUAGUAUUAAGGUUGAGAAACUUGAAAAAGGAACUGAAUGACAUACGAUUUGAGUUCAUGCCUGGCAGAGACACUGCAGAUGGGGUUUCUCAGGAGCUGGUAUCAGCUGGCUUGGUAGAUGGGAGAGAUUUAGUUAUAGUGGCUGCUAAUUUGCAGAAGAUAGUCGAAGAGCCUCAUUCCAAUAAAAAUGUCACAUUUAAACUGGCCUCUGGCGUUGAGGGCUCUGAGAUUCCUGACGAUGUCAAGCUCUUGGGAUUUGCUCAGCUCAGCAUUAGCUAAACUUUGGCUCUGUGCGGGACCAUGAAUUGCCUACAAAUGUGAAAACAAACCAACACUACCAACAGAAUGACACAUUGAUGUAUUUUUUUCCUCUUUCAAUUGCCCUAAAGAAACCACUGUUGCCAAAGAGAAAGAUACCAUAGCGCCAGCCCAUAGGAUUUCAAACGGCCCAACGGAAGAGUUGCACAAACAUGAGAAUGAUUAGAAUUUGUAGGAAUCGAUUAAAAUAAAGUGUACGAUUCGUUCGUAUGAGGAUGCAAUUAUCAUAACCAGAUAUAUAACCUUAAUAUUCUUUUAAUAUUUCUCUUUCUUUUCUUCUUCUUUUUUUUUUUUUUCUAAGUUUGUCCUCAUUUUGAGCAGUCUGAACUGACACCUUAAAAAAUGAACAAUGCAAAAUGCCUCCAAUAUAACUACUGAGCGCAUAAAAGAGGAGUGAAACUCAAAGAAACAGAGUUUAUAGAGGAAGUAAAUGGGUUUUGCUAUAGUUGUAGCUUUAUUUUUAACCUAUAUUUUUCCUAUGCUUUUGAAGAGAAGCAACUAAGCAUGUUUUAUCACACAGCUUGCAUUAUUUACUUAGUUAUUUACUUUAGUUUAAACCAGCUUGAUGAACAUUUACAGAAUCUGGUUUAGAAACUUCUACUUCUGGUUGUUGCACUCUUUUACUUUCUCUGCUGUUAUACUCAGAGCUUGAUUUCUUCAUUGUACACUGACUAGUAUCAAUACAAACAGAAAAAUGUUCAAAUAUUUCAGAUUCUAAUGAGAUGAAAUGAUUUAUUCAGUGUCAUUGAGCCCUAAUGAACACUCCUGAAGGCUGGUUUGACUGCUUUUUCACCCUUUUUUUGCUGUCUCAACUUGGCACAUUUGCAAAUGUUACUAUCCCAUGCUGCUCUAAAAGUUAUUGCCUUAAUAUUUCUACACAUUUUUGCAUCACACAUAUCUCUCCUUUUUUUUUUUUUUUUUUAGAUUUUGCAUUCAUUUGUGAAUUUUGGUUUUAUUUUAUUUUUUAUUUUUUGACAUUAUUUGUGACUUUUCAUUUUUAUAAGUCUCUCUGUAAGUGAAAAGGUAGAAGUACCCGAGGUACCUGAUGAAACUUUGGUGUUUGGCUUUUUCCUGCUCUGGAAUUGAACUCUUAAGUAUUCAUGUGUAUUUCUGUUGUGGAUGAACUCAAUUGAGCAUGUAAAUAAUGUAAUUUGACAUUGGUUUGAUUUUAUAUGGGAUGUUUCACUCAUGGCCUUUGUGUUCUUCAUAAAUAAGGUGAUGGGAGGUGGUGUCAGCUACAAAAGACA